AUGGCACAAGUAGAGCCGCAAACAGAUGGGUUUUUGAUGGGAUGGGAAGAAGGAGAGGUCGAAAAACUCCUCUAUACCGCUGCAGCAAUUGCUACCGUCACCGUCGCCAUCGUUAUAUAUACAGUAUUUGGGAUUAUAGGAUGGAUAUACAAGGAACCGAUAAUCAAGUAUACGAUAGCCACUCCAAAGCGACCAGAAGAUGCGACUAUCUUGGAGAACCCGUCGAUCAAGGCACCCGGUUCGACAGAAAUCCAAUGCUAUGCGCCAGCUACAGGCGAGUUCUUAGGAUUCGUGAAUCCGUCCACCGCUGAGGGAAUCGACCGGGCCAUCGAGAAGACGCAGGCAGCGCAGGAUAAAUGGGUUCGAACGACGUUCAGCCAAAGACGACAAGUUCUACGAUGCAUACAGGCCUUUGUAAUGGAGAACCAGGAGGAGAUCUGCAGGAUUGCGUGUCUCGACUCUGGCAAGACUAUGGUUGAUGCUACGCUAGGAGAGAUUCUUGUGACUGUGGAAAAGCUUCGUUGGACAAUCCUACAUGGAGAGAAGGCAUUGCAGCCAUCUAGGAGGCCUACCAACCUCCUCAUGGCUUACAAGAAGAACACGGUGCAAUAUGAUCCCCUAGGUAUUGUCGCAGCUCUCGUCUCGUGGAAUUACCCCGUUCAUAACCUCAUUGGGCCUAUGAUUUCCGCCAUAUUUUCCGGGAAUGGUAUCAUUGUCAAGGCGUCCGAGAACACGGCUUGGAGCGCUGGCUAUUUUACUCUGAUCGUCAAGGGUGCCCUUCAUGUUUGCGGACACGAUGCCAAUUUAGUGCAAACCGUCAUCACCUGGCCUGAAACGGCAAAUCACUUGACUUGCCACCCAUCAAUUUCCCAUGUCACAUUCAUUGGGAGCCGACCUGUUGCGAAGCUGGUCGCUGCGGCCGCAGCUAAAACUCUCACCCCUAUCGUUCCGGAAUUAGGUGGAAAAGAUGCAGCUGUAAUCCUCGAUACCGCCGAGAAAGAUCUCCCGCGCAUCAUAGAGAUCCUUUUGCGUGGAACGUUCCAAGCCUCUGGACAGAAUUGCAUUGGUAUCGAACGCAUUAUUGCCUGUCCCAAAGUAUAUGACAAACUCGUUUUGGCCCUUGAGCCAAGGAUUCGAGCCUUACGCGUGGGCUCUAUCCUCGACGACAACGAUGUAGAUAUGGGAGCCAUGAUCUCUGGUGCUUCAUUCGACAGACUCGAGAGCCUUAUCCAAGGGGCCGUAAGAGACGGAGCCCGUCUCCUCGUCGGCGGAAAGAGAUACCAACACCCCGUCCACCGCUCCGGCCAUUAUUUCCAACCAACUUUCCUUGUCGAUGUGACGAAAGACAUGGCUAUCGCGAACGAAGAAUGCUUUGGCCCAAUAUGCGUCCUCAUGCGAGCCAAAAACCCCGAAGACUCUUGCGACAUCGCGAACGCGCCCAAUUUCGGACUUGGAGCUUCCGUAUUCGGGGAAUAUGACUGGCCAAUGAAAGCCAUGAUCCGGAAUCUGAGAACGGGAAUGGUAGCGGUGAACGAUUUCGCCGCGUACUACGCUGUGCAGCUCCCUUUCGGAGGCGUGGGCGGGAGUGGAUAUGGCCGGUUUGCGGCUGAGGAGGGGUUGAGGGGGUUGUGUAAUGUUAAGGCCGUCUGCGAGGAUAGGUUCGGGUGGGCCGGGGUCAAAACUGCCAUUCCACCGCGGAUCAGGUAUCCCAUUGCUGAUACGAAGAUGGGAUUUGAGUUCGUCAGGGCAGUCACGGAGAUUGGGUAUGGGAUGGGGGUUAAGGGCCGGGUUCAAGGCUUGAAGAGGAUGUGGAAGAGUUCAUAA